UUCCCAAGGUUUUUUUUCUUUUGCAUCCAACUUCACCUUCCUUCUUAUCUUUCCCCAAAAAGGCAAAUUUUAAGGUUGUCUUAAAGAAGUGUAUAUCUAUAUAUAUAUAUAUAUACAUAUAUUUGGAAAUGGGUAAACCUCCAGGUUGUGACAAAAAUGGAUUGAAGAAAGGUCCAUGGACUGCAGAAGAAGAUCAAAAAUUGAUUGAUUAUAUUCAAAAACAUGGCCAUGGCAGAUGGCGUACCCUCCCCAAAAAUGCAGGGUUGAAGAGAUGUGGAAAGAGUUGCAGGCUUCGCUGGACUAAUUACUUAAGGCCUGAUAUCAAGAGGGGGAAGUUCUCAAUCGAAGAAGAUGAAGUUAUAAUACAAUUACACAGUGUGUUAGGAAACAAGUGGUCAGCCAUUGCUGCUCGAUUGCCAGGAAGAACAGAUAACGAGAUCAAAAACUAUUGGAACACUCAUAUCAAGAAGAAACUAUUGAGAAUGGGGAUCGAUCCUGUAACUCAUGCUCCUCGACUUGAUCUGCUCUCUUCACUUCUCAGUUCAUCUCUUUACAAUUCUUCCUUAAAUCCAGCAGGUUUUGUCGGAUCAAUGUUUAACCCUAGUUUCUUCAGCUUAGCCACUGCUUUCUUAUCAUCAAACCAAACCAAAAACCUGGAAAUUAAUAACCUUGCAGGAAAUAUCCAACAAAUACAGAACCCUUAUGAACCUUACCAGGGAAACCAGGUUCCUGUUAUAACCCAGGUUGCACAAGCUGAUUUGAACCAGUUUUCUGCAAAUCCUGGUCUGCCAAAUUUGUGGCAAAUAGACAAUAAUGUUAGUGAUUCAAAGGGUUUUUUGCCGACCACCAUGCAAAACAUUAAUGGCUACAACCAUGGGUUUUAUUUAGGUGAUCAAAACCUGCAACAGGUAUGUACUUUUUCUGAGAAAAUACCAAAUUUGGUGCCUUUUGGAUCACUUUUAUCCACACCAUCUUCAAGCUCAACUCCUUUGAACAAUGGUAGCAGUACUGAAGAUAUUGAAAGGGAUAGUUAUUGCAGCAGCAACAACAUGUUGAUGUUUGAUGUUCCUAAGGGAUUAAAUGUCAAUGGAUGCAUGUAAUGUUUUUGAAAUAAAAAGUUCGAUUUUGAAGUGUUUUUAAUUGUGGGGAUUUUGACUAGGGUUAUUGCAUAUUUGUAACAUCUAUGUGGAAUCUUUAAUUAUUAUUAUUUUUUAGAAGUUUUUGUUGAA